AUGGCACGGCUCACAAAGACGGUAGCGGUGACCCUCAUGGCCAUGCUCGCUGCAGUCCUCCAGGGUUGUGGAUGCGACACGAGCAACCUUGCCAGCUGCACCAGCAGCGCAUCUGGCUGUGACGGACUGACCACCUACAUGAACUGCGUGAAAGAUGCCGGCUGCUGCGAUUACGAAUCCGGUGGGGCCAAGGUCAAGGAUGGCUUCGAAGCGAUGGUGGCCUUAGUGAAUCUCGUGCCAGGAAAUGACUGCACCUUGAAUAGCCCUUGCUAA